AUGGCAGUCCCUAUGCAGCAACUCGCUGCAGCAUGUCUUCCUGCAUAUGUCUGCCCCCCAGGCACCAAGAUGCACUUGCUCAACCUAGGGACAUUGAAUGUUGAUGAGGGCUGGCUCCUUACCGGUGGCAAUGGCGGCACAGCAAGCAACCCCAAUCCCGUCAACAAGCGGAGAGACUUGAUGUUGAUUGCCGGCCUGAUCGAUCACCCCGAAAUGGGACUGAUCCUGUUCGAGACUGGCAGCGCUGAAGAUGUACACAGGCAAUGGGGCCCAGUUUCCGUGGAUCUCUUCCCCCGGACACGCUAUGAAGAACAUCAUCACUUACCUGCAGCCAUCAAGGCGGCUGGCUAUGACAUCAAAGACGUGAAGGCCGUUAUUAUGGGCCACCUGCACUUGGACCAUGCCGGUGGACUAGAGCAUUUCCGCGGUACUGGCGUACCGAUCUACGUCCAUGAGGAAGAGUUCAAGCAUGCCUGCUGGGUUGCAGCAACCGAUGCCGAUGGAGGCGUAUACUUGGCCGACUAUCUGACGCUUGAUGCCUUGAACUGGCAAACGUUCAGCGAGUCGCAAGUAGAUCUCUGCACGGGAAUCACGCUGUACCAUUGCCCUGGCCACACCCCCGGCCUGUGCAUUAUGCAGGUCAACCUCAAACAAGACGGAACUUUCAUCUGGACAACGGACCAGUUCCAUGUUCGCGAGAACUAUGAGCUAAACCAGGCCCAGGGCUGGCUUCUGAGAGACCACCGGGCGUGGAUUGAAAGUGGUAAAUUCAUCAAGCGUCUGCAAAGACUCUUCUCCGCGAGCCUGAUUUUCGGGCACGACUAUGAGACCGCAGACAAGCUUAUGAAGAACAAAGAUGUGUAUGAGUGA